AUGAAGAACACCGACUCAACGGACGUCAGGGUGGAUCAGCUACGGGAAGCAGCAGAGAGGUGCACGAAGUGGAAGAGUUUUGGGGAAGUCCAGGUAAGGAAGGCAGAGGCGGGGGGAAGUCCGGAGCGGAAGGGAGGGCAGGCGCUUUCCAGAGACAAGCAGGCAAACACAGAAACCUCCGCAGAGGCUUUGGGGAGAGCUUCCAGAGAUGCUGAAGAGUGUGAGAGGGAGGGAAUGCUUCAGUGGAGAGGACACCGGCACCGAUGUAGUCUUCAUAAACUCUAUACCAGUUGUAAACCAUCAGCAGAAGAGGGAAAAGAUGUGAUGUCUGUAGCAGAAUUUGAUGAGAGCGUAGAGAGCCUCGAUGAAUAUGAAGAUGAUGAAGCAGGGCAGAAGGAGCGAAAGAAAGAGGAUGCUAUUACCCAACACAACACAAUACAAAAUGAGAGUUCCAGUGCGGAUACCCCUGGCUCAUACUUACUACAGGACUCCUCCAGGAUGGUUUCCAGCAGGUAUAAAAGCACAACUAAUGCACCAGAAGACGAUGCUCCAAAUAGAUACUCCCGAACGGACAGGACAACUUACAGCAGAUACAGCAGGGAUGCAAAUUCUUCUGGCAGUUCUGUAGCAAGUAACACUUUGGAGAAGAGGAUUGAGGAGCUUGAAAGGGAACUUGCAAAAGAGAGACAGGAAAAUGUGAGAUUAAUGAAGAUGACACAGGACAAAGAGGAACUAAUUGGAAAGCUGAAGGAAGAAAUCGAUCUAUUAAACAGAGACCUAGAUGAUAUAGAAGAUGAAAAUGAACAAUUGAAGCAAGAAAAUAAAACCCUCUUAAAAGUUGUUGGACAGCUGACAAGGUAGAAGAUGCAAGCCUCAGUGAGGAAAGAUUUAAAAACUACUGAUUGAACGUUAAGGUCAAUAUAGUAAUACUUCCUGUGUUGCAGUAUGAUAACUGUCUUUAUAUUUAUUGUUAGGAAACCAGAUGAAUGUUUAUUUUCAUAGU